GGGCGGACACACCCGGGCUGCUCAGCACUGAGGAGGCUCCUGUAGCGCUGGAGAAGUUGUCUCCGUGUCCUUCCUGCCCCUCUCACACCUUCUCUCCAUCGGGUGGAAGGGAACCGCUCCCCAUCAGAUCCAGACCCCGCCAGAAGUCACCAUGUCCACCUCGGAUGAUGUGGACGGGCUCGUCCGUCCUCACUAUGGCUCUGUGCUGGACGAGGAAAGGCUUACAGCCGAAGAGAUGGAUGAAAGGAGACGUCAGAAUGUGGCCUAUGAAUAUUUGUGUCACUUGGAGGAAGCAAAGAGGUGGAUGGAGGCCUGCCUAAUGGAAGACCUGCCCCCUACCACAGAGCUGGAGGAAGGGCUCAGGAAUGGGGUUUACCUGGCCAAACUUGGAAACUUCUUCAGCCCAAAAGUUGUGUCUCUGAAGAAGAUUUAUGAUCGGGAGCAGACCAGAUACAACGCCACCGGUCUUCACUUCAGACACACGGACAAUGUGAUUCAGUGGCUUAAUGCGAUGACAGAAAUUGGCCUUCCAAAGAUUUUUUACCCCGAGACUACAGACAUCUAUGAUAGGAAGAAUAUGCCUCGCUGUAUAUAUUGCAUCCACGCUUUAAGUCUGUACCUGUUUAAACUAGGCCUCGCCCCGCAGAUCCAGGACUUGUACGGGAAAGUGGAAUUUACAGCGGAAGAGAUUGACAUCAUGAAGAGUGAGCUGGAGAAGUACGGGAUUCAGAUGCCUGCAUUCGGUAAAAUCGGAGGAAUCUUGGCCAGUGAGCUUUCCGUAGAUGAAGCUGCAUUGCAUGCAGCUGUAAUUGCCAUCAAUGAAGCAAUAGACCGGGGAGUUCCUGCAGAAACCUUCACCGCUCUGAAGAAUCCUAACGCCAUGUUAGUUAAUCUUAAUGAGCCCCUUUCUACUGUUUAUCAAAACACCCUUUAUCAAGCAAAGCAACAUAAAAUGGAGAAUGCCAAGAAACGGAUAAAUUCUGAGAAUGAGGGGGCCGAACGAGAUGUGUACGAGGAACUGCUAACUCAAGCUGAAAUACAAGGCAAUCUCAACAAAGUGAAUUUGCAAUCAGCCAUUGGAAGGGUUGACCAAGCUCUGGAGAACGGCAGCCCGCCAGUGCUGUUUGAGGCUCUCUCCAAUCAAGCACUUGCACUAAGAGCAUUGCAAAGGGACAACGCCGAGUGGUACUUUAAUCGGCUGCAGAGCGAUAAGCAGCAGAAAUUGGAGAACGGCUUGACGGGAGCCCUACAGAAGGAGGAGUUGCAGGCCGGAGUGGACGCUGCCAAUGCUUCAGCUCAGCAGUUACAGAGAAGGCUGGCUGCAGUGGUCAGGAUUAAUGACGCCAUCAGAAAGGGGGUGGCAGGAGAGACUGUACAGGAGUUGAUGAACCCCGAUGCCCAGCUACCAGAGGUAUUCCCAUUUGCAGAGGAGCUGUACCAGAGAGAGCUUGCCACAUUGCAGCAGCAGAGCCCAGAGGGGAACCUCACUCACCCGGAGCUCUCCGUUGCGGUGGAGAUGUUGUCCUCUGUGGCUCUAAUUAACAGGGCUUUGGAUACCGGAGAUGUAAACACUGUCUGCAAACAGCUGACCAACCAGGUCACCGGCCUGAUGGACGUAGAGGAUGAAAACGUUCAGAGGUACAUCGAUGAAUUGAUAAAAUUGAAACAACAGGCUCGGGAAGAAGGGAAUGAGUUUAUUACGUGGAAUGAUAUCCAGGGAUGCGUGAAUCAAGUUAAUAACACUGUACACGAGGAGCAUGCCAGGAUUUUGGCAAUUGGGCUCAUAAAUGAAGCUUUGGAUGAAGGGGAUGCUAGGAAGACCUUACAAGCAUUACAGCUUCCUGCAGCAAAGCUAGAAGGGGUAGAACCAAAUGUGGCUCAACAUUACCAGGAUACUCUGGUGCGAGCAAAAAGAGAAAAGGCACAGGAAACAAAAGAUGAAUCUGCAGUUCUCUGGCUGGACGAAAUUCAGAAUGGAAUAUUCCGCUCCAAUAAAGAAACAGAAGAUGCCCAAAGAUUCUCCCGAGGUGUCCUGGCUAUUAAUGAGGCAAUAGACAAGGGUGACAGUUCCCAAACCCUCCAGGCCCUGAGAUCCCCUGAUGUCGGACUUUAUGGGGUGACCGCAGAAUGUGCUCACACUUAUCAGAAGGAACUGGCAGAUCUAAAGGGAGACAAAGCAGCAGAAGGGGAGAAUGGAAGUGAAUGGAUGCAGCACUGGGUGAAGGGGGGAUAUCAUUAUUACUUUAACCUGAAUAGUAAUGAAGGGAGCUGGGAAGAGCCCCCGGGAUUUGUACAGAACAACACUCAGCUGUCAAAGGAGGAUAUUCAGAGCACCAUCUCUGGCGUCUCGGCUGCUUAUAACCGGGAACAAUUAUGGUUGGCUAAUGAAAGCCUCAUCACCAAACUCCAGGCCCACUGUCGAGGCUACCUGAUCCGCAAGAAAUUUAACUCCAGAAUGAACUUUCUGAAAGGGCAGGUUCCUGCGGUGACAUGCAUUCAGGCUAACUACAGAGGUCAGAAGCAGAGGAAAGCAUUCAGGGAGCGCAAGCAGUAUCUGCAAGAUCACAGUGAUGAAGUAGUGAAGAUCCAGUCAUACACUCGAAUGUAUCAAGCCAGGAAGCGCUACAGAGACAGGCUGAAGUACUUCAAUGACCAUAUUAACGAUAUCGUAAAAAUACAAGCUUUUAUCCGUGCCAACAAAGCCCGAGAUGACUACAAGACCUUGAUCAAUGCAGAAAAUCCACCAAUGGCGGUAGUGCGCAAGUUUGUUCAUCUUUUGGACCAGAGCGAUCAGGACUUCCAGGAAGAAUUAGAAGUCAUGAAGCUGAGGGAGGAAGUCGUGACUCUUAUAAGAUCAAACCAGCAGCUAGAGAAUGACCUCAAUCUUAUGGAUAUCAAGAUUGGACUCCUUGUGAAAAAUAAAAUUACACUGCAGGAUGUUGUUUCCCACAGUAAGAAGUUAACAAAGAAGAACAAGGAGCAACUCUCUGAUAUGAUGAUGUUAAACAAGCAGAAGGGAGGACUGAAGGCUCUGAGCAAGGAGAAAAGGGAAAAGCUGGAGGCCUACCAGCAUCUCUUUUACUUAUUGCAGACGAAUCCAACAUAUCUGGCUAAGCUCAUUUUCCAAAUGCCUCAAAAUAAAUCCACCAAAUUCAUGGACUCUGUCAUUUUUACUUUGUACAACUAUGCAUCCAACCAAAGAGAAGAAUAUCUGCUCCUGCGUCUCUUCAAAACAGCUCUUCAAGAGGAGAUAAAAUCUAAGGUGGACAUGAUUCAGGAAAUUGUCACUGGGAACCCUACAGUUAUAAAGAUGGUGGUAAGCUUUAACCGUGGGGCUCGCGGUCAAAAUGCUUUGAGGCAGAUCUUGUCACCAGUAGUGAAAGAGAUCCUGGAUGAUAAGUCCCUCAACAUCAAAACUGACCCAGUAGAUAUUUACAAGUCUUGGGUGAACCAGAUGGAAUCUCAGACUGGAGAAGCAAGCAAAUUGCCUUAUGAUGUCACACCAGAGCAGGCAAUAGCACAUGAAGAGGUGAGGAACAGACUGGAUGCUUCCAUCAAGAACAUGAGAACGGUUACAGACAAGUUCCUCUCUGCGAUUAUCAGCUCGGUUGAUAAGAUCCCGUACGCUAUGCGUUACAUAGCAAAGGUCCUGAAAGACACCCUUCAUGAGAAGUUUCCUGAUGCUGGAGAAGAUGACUUGCUUAAGAUUGUGGGAAAUCUGCUGUACUAUCGCUACAUGAACCCAGCUGUUGUGGCUCCAGAUGCUUUUGAUAUUAUCGAUCUUUCUGCGGGAGGUCAACUAACCACAGAUCAACGCCGGAACCUUGGAUCCAUUGCAAAGAUGCUUCAACAUGCUGCCUCCAACAAAAUGUUCCUUGGGGACAAUGCCCACCUGAGCAUGAUCAAUGAAUAUCUCGCUCAGUCCUACCAGAAAUUUAGACGUUUCUUCCAAACUGCUUGUGAAGUGCCAGAGCCGCAGGAUAAAUUUAAUGUGGAUGAAUAUUCAGAUCUGAUCACCCUCACCAAACCCGUUAUAUAUAUUUCUAUAGGGGAAAUUUUGAAUACGCACACACUGCUUCUAGACCACCAGGAUGCAAUAGCACCGGAGCACAACGACCCCAUCCAUGAGCUGUUAGAUGACCUUGGAGAGGUUCCUACUAUUGAGUCUUUACUAGGUGAAGGACCAGGAUCAUCACCAGACACAAAUAAGGAGUCCUUAGCAAAGACCGAGGUGUCCCUCACCCUCACUAACAAGUUUGAAGUCAUUGGAGAUGAGAAUGCAGAAAAAGAUGCAAAGACCAUCUUACUGAACACAAAACGGCUGAUAGUGGAUGUCAUUCGGUUCCAACCCGGAGAGACCUUGACAGAGAUUUUGGAGACUCCAGCAACCCCAGAACAGGAAGCGGAUCAUCAGAGAGCCAUGCAGAGGCGGGCAAUUCGAGAUGCCAAGACACCUGACAAAAUGAAAAAGGCCACAUCUCUACGGCAAGACAACAAUCUGACUCUUCAAGAAAAGAAAGAAAAGAUACAAAUUGGGCUCAAGAAGUUGACAGAGCUUGGAAUAGUGAAACCAGAAACCCGGUAUCAGGAUCUCAUCAAUGAUAUUGCCAAGGAUAUUCGUAAUCAAAGGAGAUACCGUCAGAGAAGAAAAGCAGAAUUAGUAAAGCUACAGCAGACACAUGCCGCUCUCAACUCCAAGGCCGUGUUCUAUGAAGAACAGGUAGACUACUACAAAAGCUACAUCAAAACUUGCUUGGACAACCUUUCAAGAAAGGGCAAAGUGUCCAAGAAAUCAGGACAAGUGAAAAAAAGUAAGAAGAUUUCUCUCAAAUACUCAGCAGCCAGGCUUCAUGAAAAAGGCGUGUUAUUGGAGAUUGAAGAUCUGCAAGUCAACCAAUUUAAAAAUGUUAUCUUUGAAAUUGCGCCCACGGAAGAGGUUGGGGAUUUUGAAGUGAAAGCCAAGUUCAUGGGCGUUCAGAUGGAAACAUAUAUGCUGCAUUAUCAGGACCUUCUCCAGCUGCAGUACGAAGGAGUUGCAGUCAUGAAGAUGUUUGACCGAGCAAAAGUCAAUGUAAAUCUCCUGAUCUUCCUCAUAAACAAGAAAUUCUAUGGGAAGUAAAACCGGAUAAAGCCUCCACAUCUGGGGUGCAAGUUACGAAAGGACCUUUUAUGUCUCCCUGUCACAAAAAAUGGUGGCAGAAACCUACUUAAAUUGCUUUUAUACAUGUAUGAGGUCUUGUGCCCAAACUCUGCAAGUACUGUAUCUCGCUGCCUGAUGCUAAACGUUAGAAAAGCAGCACGAGGUCGCGGUGCUUCUAUAUAAUGUUACAUAGGAAUUUGGCGUAGGGUGUAUAUAUAAACCCCUUCGGCUGAGGAUUAGUUAGCGUACAAUAUAACUGGUCUCACAGACCUGCACUAACUGCAUCUAUAAAUACAUAUGUAUUAGAAGGUUUUUUUAAAAAAAAAAAGAUUUUUUAUUUUUUUUGUGUAGAUUAAAAUGAUCUUUAUAGAUUAUAUUCCAUACUAUUUGACACGUUUUAAAAUUGAAGUCAAUGUUUGUAUUUAACAGUGCAGGCACUUUUUGCUUUUGUUGGUCGGUAUGUUCUGUGCGGAGAUCAGAAUUUAAUCAUGACGUAGCUUAUUUAUGAAUGAUCUGCUUCCCCUUACUGCAGGGCUCUUUAGUCUGCUUCUCUGCGACGGUCAGUAUUGACUCAAUGGCUUGCUUAUAUUCAGCGAUAACGACACGUGGUGUGUUCAAGUAUCAUAGCCUAUGGAGCUGAGGAUUCGAUUAGAAAUGCAGCUCUCACGGCUUCCUAUAACGGGGUCUUUGUAAAGUGGCUGUUUUUUAGAACAUAUUGCUAAACUGGAAUUAAACGGCAAGAUCGCUUUCCUUUGUUGUCAGAAGGUCCACCCCCUUCCUUCCCUGUCUCGGGUUUUUUCUUGAAAGGAGUCAUGCCUUUGAUUUUGCUACCGUUUUUUAUUAUAUAACAGAUCUCGCAGAGGUUUAUCGUAAAAUUAAGGCUUGUAUUUUUAUGUUGUCAGAAAAGGAAAUUAAUUAAAAAAAAUUAAAAUAGUUUACAUAAAACUGAAGUAGCAAUAAGGAUGACUGAAAUAUAAAAAUGCUGUUUUUAUGACAAACUCUUACCGUUUAGAACUUGAAGAGUUGCAGGCUAAGCGCUAAACACUGUCAGAUGUUCUUAUCUGCAGGAGUUGUCUCCUCUUCUGGUAGAUGCUCUAUAUAAAUUGUAAAUUUAAACAACUAGAUAUUUUUAAGAAAAAAGAUGAGUUUUUAUAUUGAUAGAGAUUUGUAUGUUGAUUAUUAAUUUGGUAUGACAAAGUGACUCCAUAUUCACGUCUGCUGAGGUGAGAUGAUUAGUCGCGUAUUUGGCUCUUAUUUAACGUGGGAGACAUCAUCUCAGAGGGUUAGUCAGUAGGGAUCACUGCAGGGCUUAUACUGUUAGGUAAUGCAUAUGCUAGAUUUGCUCUUAUAAAGCUUAGGAUUGCUUGUUUUUAUUGGCUUCUAGCUUUUAAGGAAAAUACUAGAUUCUCAUUGACUAUGGAAAUGACAGGAUACGUUCUGCAGCUAGUUCAUUAAUCCAGAUCCCGUGGAUGAUAUUUGGGUUUCAGAGGUCUGGCUGUAUUAAGCAGGGGUCAGCUUUGCCUCUUUAUUUAUUGCUGGACACACGUAUAUGAUCUUCACAAGUGCAUUGAUUUAAUCUUUCUUAUCCUGUGCCUUUUGGUCUCUGGGCGGCCUGCCUGUAUCCGUAUCUUGAUUAGCUGAAUAAAAAGAUCAUUUGUUUACA